GUUUCUUCAUCGCGUGUAGAACACCCCCACCGCCCUCUUUUAGCGUCCCACAACCAGGAUAAAGUAUCCAUUAAAACCCAAUAACUACCCCAUCCAAAGCAAAGCAACGGACCAAAAAGUGUUCCCUACGAAAAGCUUGGAAUUUAAAAGGCACCGCCCAGAACCUUAACCCUAAUUCCUAAUUUUUUUCAUCUGAUUCAGUUCAGUUUCUGAAUUCAAGAAAAGAAAGAAAAGAAGAGAAUUGGAAAGGGGGAUUCGAUAAUUAAUUGAUUUGUAUCAGAUUUAAAUAAUUUUAAUGAUGUCUGCGAUAGUGUGUGGGAAGAGAUCUUUCUUCGAAGAGAUACAAACAACGUCAUCGCCAGUGUCGGGGUCCCCGCCGGUUUCCAAGAAACUUCGCUGCUCUUCUGCCACCUCCCCAGUUCGGUUCUCCUACUCGCCGCCGAGGAGUCUCAUCAAUCAGCUCAAGGUUUUGUUUCCUGAUAUGGAUAGUCAGCUUCUUGAGAAAGUUUUGGAAGAAUCUGGCAAUAAUUUAGACGCUGCUAUCAAGAGCCUACAGGGACUUCGUCUUGGAUAUGCAGAAAGCAUCAAAAUUGGUGCUAGAUAG